AUGGCUGCACAGCACUCCUCGGAAGAAGAAAUCUCACUUGAAGUCCCAGGGUCAACCAAGCCCGGCAAGACCUGGUACGAAAUCAUCGGUACUCUUAACACACCUCCUCUCAUCGCGCUACACGGCGGUCCAGAAACCUUGCUCCUAAACGGGCAAUACGACGAGCCGGCGGACUUGUGUGUCGAGCCGUGGUUUAAUAGUAUUGCCAAGGUUCGAUGGGCGACUCUUGAGAACGCAGCUCAUAUGAGCCAUUGGGAGGCUCGAGAGCGAUUUAUGCAAUUGUGUGGAUAUUGUCUCACGGGAGGUUCUAGUCGCUGA